CUGGAACGGUGAAAGGGGACAGCUGAGAGAAACCAAACUCCAAAGAGUCCCGAUGGCUUCCACUACAUUCCUGACUCUGCCUUCUGGCAAGAAGAUGCCCCAGCUUGGCCUGGGCACCUGGCUGUCUCCUCCAGGUAUCGUCCAGGGGGCCGUUGAAGUGGCGAUAAAAAUCGGCUACCGGCAUAUUGACUGCGCCUACUUUUACGACAACGAGGGGGCCAUCGGGGAAGCUCUCGAGAAAGUGCUGAAGGAAGGGACAGUGAAGAGAGAUGACCUUUUUAUUGUCAGUAAGCUGUGGAAUAGCUACCAUGCUCCUGAAGAUGUGAAGCCAGCUUGCCUGGAAACCCUGAAGCUGCUGCGUCUGGAUUACCUGGAUCUGUACCUGAUGCACUCUCCCAUGGGCAUUAAGAACGUCAAGGGUGAUACCUUGCCCCAGAAGGAUGGGAAGGUUCUGCAGACUGAUGUCGAUUACGUGGACACGUGGAAGGCUAUGGAGAAGCUGGUGGACGAGGGCCUGGUGAAGUGUAUUGGGGUGGCCAACUUCAACCAGUGCCAAUUGGAGCGGCUGCUCUCCAUCGCAAGAAUUAAGCCAGAUGUUCUCCAGGUGGAGAGCCACGUAUACCAGACCCAGCGCAAGCUGAUUGCUUUCACCAAGUCCAAAAAUAUGGCCCUCACUGGAUACAGCCCCUUGACAUCCCCCAAGCGUCCCUUCCCUCCAGGUCCUCUGGAUCCUAAGAAUGGCAUGGAGGACCCUGUGGUGAAGGAGAUUGCUAAGAAGCAUGGGAAAUCCCCAGCUCAGAUUCUGAUCCGCUUCAACAUUCAGCGGGGCAUAGCCACUAUUCCAAAAAGCCAGACACCUGCUCACAUCAUCGAGAAUUCAAAGGUUUUUGAUUUCCGAAUGACUGAUGAAGAAAUGAAAAAGCUGGAAUCGCUGCACUGUGGGGCACGAGCUGUGGCCUGGGACAUCUUAGGGAUGGGGACCCACAAGUUCUACCCUUUUACCAAGGAUGAGUGAUUCUGCAAGCAACAGCGCUCACCCCUCCCAGGCUUCAAGGCAUGGAAAUAAUGGAGACGGCUUUUGCAUUUUGUAUCUAACCAAAGCGAGUUGAUUCUGCUCCUUGUCCUCCCUGUGUCUCAUGGGACAUAAGCGAAAUGAGCACCAGUGGUUUGUCUGCAGUGAGGUCUGGUGGAAGGGGGGGUUCAGCUGUGCAUCUGUGUCUGCUGGACUUUACCCUGCCCCACUGGCGGAGGAAGGGGUGUAUGGUAGGUGUCAUCCUUGGGGAGGGGG